AUGGACGACUCAGCUUGUUCCCCGGCGCCCGCUUGGGAGUUCCACUUACCUCUGUCUCCCGCCGACUUGCUCCGCAGUGCAGGGCCCUCGCAAUACGUGGUGCAGGAGGUGCUGCCCCUCAAACAGCUCCCGGGGCAGCUGGCAGCUUUUCGGGCAGCGUUCCGCACACAUGGAGCUCUUGCUAUCCUGCAGCAUUUUGAUACUUUGUACAGUAUCUUACACCACUUCAGAACUGUAGAUUCUGCUAUUAAAGAAGAUGCUCUAGAACUGAUGGUGAAAGCUGUGACCAGUCACUCCAGUGCCUUGACAUCCAUCAUGAAUGAUGCUGACCUACUACCUUCACUUCGUGCUCUUCACCUUAAUGCUCUCAAAAUGAACUGUUAUGUAGUAGUACGGCUAGUGGAGGCUUUUGAAACAGAGUCUGGCAAGAGCAACCUGGUGGGGCUGGAUUCCAAGGGGAAGAGCAAGAAGAGCCAGGCUGAAGGCUUUCUCUGGGAGGAGGAAAGGCGGGCAGUCUUACUGCUUCUCACGCAGUUACUUCAGCUGGACAUUCAUCGCUUGUGGAGCGGCUUAACAGUGGAAGAAGAGUUUGUUAGUUUAGUGACUGGCUGUUGUUACCGCAUCCUGGAAAAUCCUAGCAUCGGCCUCCAGAGACAUCAGCUGUCACGAGAGGCAGUGGUUCACCUGCUAGGUGUUGCUCUACUACGAUAUGACCACAUGCUCAGUGCCACUCUGAAGGUCACACAGAUGCUUCAGCACUUUGAACAUGUGGCUCCAGUGUUUGUGGAGGCUGUGAGUGUGUGGAUCAAGGAGUAUGGUAUGAAGAGCAUUGUGGGGGAGUUACUGAGGGAGAUUGGGCAGAAGUGCCCUCAGGAGCUGGCCAGAGACGCCUCAGGGGUGAAGGGCUACGCUGCCUUCCUUGCUGAACUAGCUGAACAAACACCAGCCAUCGUGCUGGCUAACAUGAGUGUCCUGCUGCAUCACCUGGAUGGAGAGAACUAUGGGAUGCGCAAUGCCAUUUUGGCUGCUAUGGCAGAGAUGCUGCUGCAGGUGCUGAAUGGGGAGCAGCUGGAAGAAGCUGCCAGAAACACAAGGGAUCAGUUCCUGGAUACCCUGCAGGCACACGCGUGUGACGUUAAUGGCUUUGUGCGCAGUCGUGUGCUGCAGCUCUUCACCCGAAUUGUGCAGCAGAAAGCCCUGCCCUUAACUCGAUUCCAGGCUGUGGUGUGCUUGGCUGUGGGCCGGCUACAGGACAGAUCUGUAACUGUGGUUAAGAAUGCUAUUCAGCUGCUGGCUGCCUUCCUUUCCAAUAAUCCCUUCUCCUGUAAGUUAAGCUGCACAGACUUAACACAGCUGCUUGAGAAGGAGAGGCAGAAACUUCGGGAAAUGAACAACUGCAGAACCACAGUUGCGGUGAUCUCCCCAGAGGAAGAGUGGGAAGCGAUGCAACCAGAGCUCCAGGCAACUUUGAGGAGGUGUCUCGAUUCACAGCCACAGGAAGAAGAGAUGAAUGAGCUGGAGAUAGGGGACCCUGCACAGUUAGUCAACAGCAUUGUCCAACUUUUGAGAAGAUCCAACUACAAGGAUGCGAUCCGGCUGACUCAAGAAGGCAUGAACCAUUUCCAGGGGGUGGAGCCCUUCAGCAGCCCAAGAACAAAGGGUGAUGAAGAUCUUACCUUGAGCAUGUUGAGGACGUUUUACCUAGGUUCCCAGACUAAAGGCAGUGUUCAAGAAUCCACAAAUGGUACAGAUACUGCUAGGAGUGAAGAGCAAGCGCAGCAGGAGGAGGAGGAGGAGCCACCAGCAGAACUGGCAAAGCAGGAGAUGCUAGUACAAUACUUGCAGGAUGCCUACAACUUCUCUGCAAAAAUCACUGAAGCCUUGAGCAUGGUCUCCAAACUGAUGUAUGAAAACUCAGUCUCUGUUGUGCAAGAAACUAUUGAAUUCUUUGUGGUCGUCUCUCAGUUUGGCGUCCCUCAGGCUGUGCUUGGAGUUCGCCGGAUGCUUCCGCUCAUAUGGUCGAAAGAACCAGGAGUCAGAGAAGCUGUUCUGGAUGCCUACAGGAGGCUCUAUCUGAACCCUAGUGGAGACUCUGAAAGGACUCGUGCCCAGAACUUGGUGCAGUCUCUUUCCCUCCUCAUGGUAGAUGCAUCACUGGGGACUAUUCAGUGUCUUGGAGAAAUCAUCUCUGAGUUCGUGCAAAAAGAUGAAAUAAAACCUAUUGUGGUCCAGCUGCUCUGGGAACGGUUUACAGAGAAAUUGCAGUGCUCGAGGUUGGAACGCCACGCGGCCGUCACGCUCCUGGGAAUGAUGGCCAGGGGGAAGCCUGAGAUUGUGGGGAGCAAUCUUGAUGUUUUGGUGACGGUGGGGCUGGAUGAGAAAGUCCAUGAAGAUUAUCGCCUUGCCCAGGAAGUGUGUAAUACUAUCUCCAAAAUUGCCAAUAGCCAGAAGCCUGGUCUCGGGAAAAGCCAGGCUCCUUUCCGUCUUCCGCAGUCACACCAGCUCUUUGAGUGCCUGCGUGAGGCCAUCAGUGUGGGCUUUGCUACAUCCAGAACAUACUGGAUCCCCUUCACUGAGACGGCAGUUGCCCUCAUCUAUCAGUUGGCCGAAGGGCCUGAGGAAAUAUGUGCCCAGAUCUUGCAGCGUUGCAGCCAGCAGGCCCUGGAGAGGUUACAGGAGGCUGACGAGGCUGAGGCAGGGCCUGGAUCUUCUCCCACUGAAAUUGCUGGCGAUUCGAGCACUAUUGAUACGUUAGUGUUGACCCAUUUGGUCUCCCUCGCGGGGGACGUGGCCUUGCAGCAACUUUUGCAUCUGGAGUUGUCGGUAAGCAAUGAACUACACAGGCGCCGGGUCCUUGGCGAAGAGCAAGUAGCAAAGGGACGUGCUGCAAGCAGUGCUAAGAUGCAGAAUGACAAGAGUACUGGCAACGAGACCACCAUGGAAGAGGAUCUUGGCUUGGUUGGGGCCUCUGCUGAAGACACAGAAGCAGAGCUCAUCCGCACCAUCUGUGAGACAGAGCUGUUGGACGGAAAACAGCUGCUUUCAGGCUUUACUCCCCUGGUGCUCAAGAUUUGCAACAACCCAGGACUCUAUAGUGAUCCAGCGCUCUCAGCUGCUGCUGCAUUGGCCCUUGGGAAAUUCUGCAUGGUCAGUGCGGAAUUUUGCGACUCUCACUUGCGGCUUUUCUUCACAAUGAUGGAAAAAUCCACCCUCUCCAGUGUGCGCGCCAACCUCAUGAUUGCAGCUGGAGACCUGGCCAUCCGCUUCCCCAACUUGGUAGAGCCCUGGACACCCCACCUCUAUGCCAGGCUGCGGGACCCUUGUCAGCACGUGAGGCAGACAGCUGCCUUGGUAAUGACUCACCUGAUCCUGAAGGACAUGGUAAAAGUGAAGGGGCAGGUGAGCGAAAUGGCAGCUCUCCUGAUUGAUCCCCAGGAAGAGAUUGUUGGACUGGCUCGGAACUUCUUCACUGAACUCUCUGGCAAGGAUAAUGCUGUAUACAACCUGCUCCCGGACAUCAUCAGCCGCCUCUCGGAUCCAGACUCUGGCAUAGAAGAGCAGCCUUUCCGCACCAUCAUGAGGCAGCUUUUCUCUUUUAUCACAAAGGACAAGCAGACGGAGAGCUUGGUGGAAAAGCUCUGUCAGCGCUUCCGGGCUGCCCGGACAGAGCGGCAGCACCAUGAUCUGGCUUACUGCCUCACCUUGCUUCCUCUCACAGAACGAGGUCUCUGUAAGAUGCAAGACAACUUUGAUUGCUUUGCUGACAAGCUCCAGGACACGGCUGUCUACAACUGCUUCCUGGCAACAUUGAGCCGGAUCCGCAGGGCCGGCACUAAGCCGGAGUUGAAGGACAUUACUGAAGAAUUUGAACAGAAGCUCCGGAUGUGCCACCGCAAGGGUCUUGACUCAUUCACUGAAGCUCCCAGGGAGUCCAGAAGCCAAGAAGGCAGCAGCAAUACACCCGUGCUCCAGCCAUCAAAGAAAGCAGCAGCAAGCUCACGGCGGAGACCUCUACGUGCAGCUAACAGAGAUAUUGAGUCUUCCUUCAUCACUCCUGAGCCCCGUAUUUCUAGACCCCGCAGAAAGACUUCAAAACCUAAAGUUGCUGUUUCCUUCUCUAGUGAUGAGGAGAACAGCACAGAGGAAGAACUCUCUGCUGAGCUGAGGGAGGAGGAGACACCUAGCAAAACAACUCCCAUUUCCCGUGCAUCAUCUCGCCGGUGAUAAUAAUUGCCUUUUUGUAGACUGUCGUGGUUAAUGGGAAAUAAAGGUCACUGGGUUCCUGAA